AUGGCAGACGGUUAUUCUGCCGCUGAGUUUUUCAAUUUCACUAAAUUAUCACUCUCAUACGAAGACUUGAUCAUUCUUCCAGGGUAUAUUAGAGAUUCUGUGGAUAAAGUUGAUUUGUCCAGCAAUGUUACAAGGAAUAUUAAACUUAGAAUCCCAAUCCUUUCCUCGCCAAUGGAUACCGUUACAGAAUCCAAAAUGGCAACUGCUAUGGCAUUAUUAGGAGGAUUGGGAGUGAUUCAUAAUAACUUGUCGAUAGAUAACCUCAUUAAGGAAGUUAAGGCAGUUAAGAGAUUUGAGAAUGGGUUCGUACAUAACCCUGUGUGCCUUAAACCCACUUCUACCGUUUCUGAUUGGGUCGAAAUCAGAGACAAACUCGGUUUCACGUCAGUCCCUAUAACGUCGGACGGUAACCCAGGGUCAAAGCUGUUGGGAAUAGUAACAAAAACAGAUAUGUAUUUUGUGGAGUCAAAGAACGUAUCAUUGGAGGAGAUAAUGUCUACAAAUUUGGUAGUUGGGAAACACCCAAUGAAACUGAAUGACGCCAAUGAGUUAUUAUUCAUGUCCAAGAAAGGAGUCCUGCCAAUUGUAAAUGAAGACUACGAACUCAUGUCAAUUGUGACCAGAUCAGACUUUUACAAAAGCAAACUCUACCCUUACGCCUCCAAAGAUGAUAACAAACAACUGCUCGUAGGAGCCGCGAUUUCUACCAAUAACUUCGCUAAUGGUUUUGACAGGGUCAAUGGCUUAGAAGUUGCAAAGAAGUUAAUUGACGCCAAAGUUGACGUUAUUCUCGUCGAUUCAAGUCAAGGGAACAGCGUUUUCCAAAUUGAUUUAAUUAAACAAUUAAAAUCAGCAUAUCCAAAUGUUCAGAUAAUUGGUGGUAAUGUAGUGUCAGCACAACAAGCUAAAAACGUGUUAGAAGCAGGAUGCGACUCAAUUAAAGUCGGCAUGGGCAUCGGUUCCAUCUGUACCACUCAAAAUAUUUGCGGUGUUGGAAGAGGACAAGCAACUUCAGUUUACUAUGUGAGUCGUUACACCUUUGAACAUUGGAACGGUGUUCCCGUCAUCGCAGAUGGCGGCAUCAAAACCUCCGGUGAUAUCGUUAAGGCCUUAAGUUUGGGUGCUAGUUGUGUAAUGGGUGGAAGUAUAUUUGCAGGAAGUAAAGAGGCGCCAGGAGAAUACUAUUUCAACAACGGAGUAAGAAUGAAGAGUUAUCGAGGCAUGGGAAGUAAAGACGCGAUUAACGAUUCAUUACAAAACACCGGCCUCAUGGGUUCUUUAAGCAGAUAUCACCUCGUCGACGACCAGAAAAUUAUAUCUCAAGGCGUGUCUGGACUAGUAAUUGACAAGGGCUCGGUUAACAAUAUUCUACCAAAUCUAACUCAAGGUGUAAAACACGGGUUACAAAACAUUGGUGCUUUCUCAGUUAAAGAACUCCAUGAAGCACUUUAUUCUGGUCAAUUGAGACUUGAGCAAAGAACUGCACAAUCCAUUGUUGAUGCUAAUGUUUGUAGAACAAUUAAUAAUCCCAAAUAA